AUGACUCUGGGCAAGAACUCGAAGCAGCUUCGGCAUAUGCUCAGAAACUUGGGCGCAUCUUUGAUUGAGCAUGAAAGCAUUACCACAACGCUUGCUAAAGCAAAGAGAACGCAAGCACUAGUUGAAAAUCUGAUUACAAAGUCAAAGCAUUAUAAAGAAUCGGGCCAGCUUGACAAGCUGCGUACCAAAUUAGAUGCCGAACUAUACAAACCUGACGUUGUCAUACCCAAGAUGCUCAACGAGCUCACUAAUCGUUAUGCAAAUAGAAAUGGAGGAUACACAAGAAUAAUAAAACUUGAGCCUCGGAUAGGAGACAAUGCUCCCCAAGCUAUGCUGGAAUUAGUGGAUUCCUCGACCAGAGAGAUGAAGUUCUGGUACCUUGCGCGUGUGGUUGCCCGGCUGGAGCAGCAAGGUUUGCCAUUAGACAAGCUGACUGAGAAAAAUGUGCAGGCUUUGCUUCUACACAGAAAAAACGGGGAACAGGUUUUCAGAGACGCUGUUGCUAUUUGCAAAGAGAGAUGGUACAAAGAUAUCGAGAGCGAGACCAAGCCAAGAAUGAAGUCAGACAAGAACGGCUUCCACAAAACUUUUACGGACUACGAAGUUGUUCCGAGAGAAAGUCAAUAA